AUGUCUGAAGAGGAGCCCUCUCUCAACAUACCCUCGCUCCUGACCUUGGCUGUCGUGUCCUUUUUCGUGAUCCGAUGGUUCUUCAAGCGCGACGAUGAGCCGGGCACCGGAGGUAGCCGUACUCGCGCGCGCGGUCAUGCCGUGGACCCAGCUCAGGUCGAGCAAAUAUCGCAAAUGUUUCCGCAGCUGAAUACCCGGGAAAUUAUGUGGGAUUUGCAGCGGAAUGGGGGUAGUGUUGCGGCGACUACGGAGAGGAUAUUGAGUGGGCGAGGGUUGGAAGUGCCGCCACCGUCGUUCCAACCGCCGAUUCCUACUACUACCGCCGGGACUCCUCCCAGGACACAGCCCGCAUCCUCAUCCGGAAGCGCCCCGAAAUCGGACGGACAGGACCUGAUUUCCCGCUACAAUCUCAGCUCAAGAGCUACGGGCGAAAGUGCUUCAGAAGUUCCCGAGCCGUCGUCGAGAGGAUGGUCGCAAAGUAAGGAAGAGCGCCAGCGUAUGUUGCAGAAGCGGAGAGACGAUAUGAUUUUGGCGGCACGCAAGAAGAUGAUACAUAAGGACCAACACAAUGCUUCAUGA